AUGCCUUCACCCAUUUUGGCGGCGACGCUGCAGGCCGCUGCUCUGUCGACGGCCUCGAACCUGUGCGCCCAGUUCCUCGAGGCGUACCAGAACAAGCACGCCUUCACCCUCGACAUGCAGCAGCUGGCCCGCUUCUUGGCCCUGACCUUCAUGACGACGCCGCCCAACUACAUGUGGCAGCAGUUUCUCGAGCGCACCUUUCCCGCCCACCCGUCCCGCCUGCCGCGCAAGGACCACGUCGAGCUCAAGUCGCUCGAGGAGGCCGCCGUGGCACCGGCUCAGCCCGGGGCCGGGAGCGGCGCCGGCGACGCCGUCGGCGGCCUCGACCGGUCGCCGCGCCUCAACCUCCGCAACACCCUGACCAAGUGGUUCGUCGACUGCAUCGUCGUCGGCGCCAUUGCCAACACGGUUGCCUUUCUCGUCAUCAUGGGCGUCCUCAAGGGCCAGCCCGGCGCUCAGAUCUGGCGCAACGUCGAGACGGAAACCAUUCCCAUCAUCCUGGCCGGCUACAAGAUGUGGCCCAUCGCCUCCAUCAUCAGCUUUUCCUUCAUCCCCGUCCACCGCCGCGUCGUCUUCCUCAGCUUCGUCGGGCUGCUCUGGGGCAUAUACAUGAGCCUCGUCGCCGCCAGGGUUUAG